ACAAAGAACUAGAAACAAGAGAGUCAGAAGGAAAGGCUGAAGCAGAGAGGGAGGGGAAAAAGAUUGAGCGAAAAUGAGGAUAGUAGGGCUAACGGGAGGGAUCGCAUCAGGAAAGAGCACAGUCUCUUCCAUGUUCAAGUACAACCAGAUUCCCGUCGUCGAUGCUGACGUUAUAGCUCGUGAUGUGUUGAAGAAGGGCACCGGCGGUUACAAAAGGGUGGUGGCCGCAUUUGGGCCGGACAUUCUACAAGAUGAUGGACAAGUUGAUCGAUUGAAAUUGGGCCGUAUCGUCUUCUCUGACGCCUCCAAGCGUGAACUCCUUAAUCGGCUAUUGGCUCCCUAUAUAUCUUCUGGCAUCUUUUUGGAAAUUCUGAAGUUUUGGAUAAAAGGUCAUAAGGUAAUCGUUCUUGACAUUCCAUUGUUGUUUGAGGCCAAGAUGGAUAAGUGGACAAAACCCAUUGUUGUUGUAUGGGUUGAUCCUGAAACACAGCUUCGACGACUUAUGGAAAGAGACAAUUCAACAGAGGAUGAUGCCAGAAAUAGGAUAAAUGCCCAGAUGUCUCUAGAUUUUAAGAGAACCCGAGCAGACUUAUUGAUUGAUAACACUGGAUCACUUGAGGAUUUGCAGGGAAGGUUCAGGGAGGUAUUGUUACAGGUCAAAAGGCCUAUGACAUGGACUGAAUUCUGGCUUUCAAGGGACGGAGCCUUGUCAGCUCUUCUUGGUGUCAUUAUAGGUGUUCUUGCAAGUAGGAAAAUUUUAAGUACGUUAUAGGUGCUACAAUCACCAUGAACUUAUGGUUUCAAACUGGUUAUAUCCCUUGUCUAUUCUUGAUGACAGGAAGAGAAAUUGGUGUAAUAUUAUAUGACAGCAAAUAAGAUGAAUGACACUUAUUCCUUUCCAAUUUUAUACA